CGGCCCGGCCGCCGCCCCCGCUCCCCGCCCGCUCCCGAUCCCCUCUCCUCUCUCUAUCCCGCCCCGGACCUGCAAUAUGAAGGCAGCACCGGGCAGCGCCGAGGAGGCUGAGAAGCUGAACAAGAUGAGCUCCCUCCUGGAAAGGCUCCACACCAAGUACAGCCAGAACCGGCCCUGGACAGAAACCAUGAAGUUGGUGCGGCAGGUCAUGGAAAAGAGAGUGGUGCUGAACUCAGGGGGACACCAGCACCUGGUGAGCUGCUUGGAGACCCUGCAGAAGGCCCUGAAAGUGUCAUCUCUGCCUGCCAUGACCGAUCGCUUGGAGUCCAUCGCCAGGCAGAGCGGCCUCGGCUCCCACCUGAGCGCCAACGGCACCGAGUGUUACAUCACCUCAGACAUGUUCUAUGUGGAGGUGCAGCUGGACCCCACAGGGCUGCUCUGUGAUGUCAAGGUGGCUCACCAUGGAGAAAACCCCGUGAGCUGUCCAGAGCUGGUGCAACACCUGAGAGAAAAAAUUUUGAUGAGUUUUUCAAAGCAUCUGAGGGGACUUGUGAACCUGUAUAAGCUACCAGGGGACAACAAACUUAAAACUAAAAUGUACUUGGCUCUGCAGUCCUUGGAGUUGGAUCUCCAAAAGAUGGCUGGGAUGUACUGGCAAGCCACCAAUGCAAACCCCCUGGACAAGAUCCUCCAUGGCAGUGUUGGUUAUCUCACCCCCAGGAGUGGAGGUCUCCUGAUGAACCUCAAAUAUUACGUGUCCCCCUAUGAUCUGUUUGAGGAUGGCACUGGAGCUCCUGUGGUUCUGCAUGAGAACAAUGUUCCUCGCUCGCUGGGCAUGAACGUGGCGGUGACGGUGGAGGGAACCAUGGCCAUGCACAAACUGCCCAUUGCUCCCCUGAUCAUGGGCUCCCAUCCUGUGGACAGCAAAGGAACUCCAUCUUUCUCCUCCAUCACCAGUGCCAACAGUGUGGAUUUGCCAGCUUGUUUCUUCCUGAAAUUCCCACGUCCCAUCCCGGUGUCUCGAGCUUUCAUCCAGAAACUGCAGAGCUGCACAGGUAUCCCCCUGUUCGACACAGCACCCACCUUUGUGCCCCUGUACGAGCUGAUCACGCAGUUUGAGCUGUCCAAGGAGGCUGAUCCCCUGCCCCUGAACCACAACAUGCGCUUCUACGCCGCUCUCCCAGGACAGCAGCACUGUUACUUCCUGAACAAGGACGCUCCUCUCCCGGACGGGCGGAGCCUGCAGGGAACUCUGCUCAGCAAAAUCGCCUUCCAGCACCCUGGCAGGGUGCCCCUGAUCCUCAACUUGAUCAGACAUCAGGUUGCCUACAACACCCUCAUUGGCAGCUGUGUCAAGAGGACAGUGCUGAAGGAAGAUUCUCCUGGGAUCCUGCAGUUUGAAGUUUGUCCUCUCUCUGACUCCUGUUUCAGUGUCUCCUUCCAACACCCUGUGAACGACUCCCUGGUGUGUGUGGUGAUGGAUGUGCAGGACUCCAGCCAUGUGAACUGUAAGCUGUACAAAGGGCUGUCUGAUGCCCUCAUCUGUACAGAUGAUUUCAUUGCCAAAGUUGUUCAAAGGUGCAUGUCCAUCCCUGUCACCAUGAGAGCCAUCCGUAGGAAAGCAGAAACCAUCCAAGCUGACACACCAGCCCUGUCCCUCAUUGCAGAGACAGUUGAAGACAUGGUGAAGAAAAACCUGCCCCCAGCCAGCAGCCCAGGGUAUGGCAUGACCACAGGCAGCAACCCAAUGAGUGGGACCACCACCCCAACCAACACUUUUCCUGGGGGGCCCAUCACUACUUUGUUUAACAUGAGCAUAAGCAUGAAAGAGAGGCAUGACUCGGUGGGCCAUGGGGAGGACUUCAGCAAAGUGUCUCAGAACCCUAUUCUCACUAGUUUGUUGCAGAUCACAGGGAAUGUGGGGUCUACCAUUGGCUCAAGUCCAACCCCCCCCCACCACACACCACCACCAGUAUCCUCACCAGCCAGCAACACCAAGAACCACCCCAUGCUCAUGAACCUUCUUAAGGAGAAUCCCCCUCAGGAUUUCUCCACUCUUUAUGGGAGCAGCCCUCUGGAAAGGCAGAACUCUUCCUCUGGCUCCCCCAGAAUGGAAAUGGGCCCUGGGGGGAAUAAGCAAAAGAAAAAAAAAUCCCGCAUGCCGGCCGACAAACCCAAGCACCAGACUGAGGAUGAUUUCCAGAGGGAGCUCUUUUCCAUGGAUGUUGACUCCCAGAACCCCAUUUUUGAUGUCAACAUGACUGCAGACACUCUGGACACCCCUCAUAUUACUCCAGCACCCAGCCAGUGCAGCACUCCUCCCACCACGUACCCCCAGGCUCUGCCCCACGCCCAGCCCAGUAUCCAGAGGAUGGUUCGCCUGUCCAGCUCGGACAGCAUCGGGCCCGAUGUCACCGACAUCCUCUCGGAUAUAGCAGAGGAGGCUUCCAAGCUGCCCACCAGUACUGAGGACUGCCCACCCAUUGGGACUCCAGUCAGAGACUCUUCUAGUUCAGGACAUUCACAAAGUGCCCUCUUUGACCCCGAUGUUUUUCAGACCAACAGCAGUGAGAAUCCCUACACAGACCCCGCUGACCUGAUCGCGGACGCCGCUGUGAGCCCCAACAGCGACUCCUCCAACCAUUUUUUUCCAGAUGGGGUAGAUUUCAACCCUGACUUGCUGAACAGUCAGAGCCAGAGUGGUUUUGGGGAGGAAUACUUUGAUGAGAGCAGUCAGAGCGGUGACACUGAUGAUUUCAAGGGCUAUGCCCCCCAGGCUCUAACUAAUUUGGGGGUGCAAGUCUUGGGGGCUGACGGGGGGGAAAAUAAAUUUAAGGGGAGCGCUCCGUCCGAUACGGUGGAUUUUAGUAUUAUUGCAGCUGCCAGCAAAGCACUGGGGUCCUCUGACAUCAUGGAGCACCACAGUGGAGGUCAGAGCCCUUUGCUGAACACGGGGGAUUUAGGAAAAGAGAAAUCUCAGAAACGGGUAAAGGAAGGCAAUGGGUCUGGAAGUGCCAUGGCAGCUGCUGGCAUGGAUGGGAAGCCGGGCAAGCGCAGCCGGACGCCAUCCAGCGAUGGCAAAAGCAAAGAGAAACUUCCAAAGAGGAAGAAGCAGGAGACAGAUGGGAAAUCUCCAUCCCACAGCUCAUCCAACAGGCCCUUCACGCCACCAGCAAGCACAGGUGGGUCCAAAUCUCCGGGGAGUUCGGGCAGAUCCCAGACUCCUCCCGGGGUCGCCACUCCUCCUAUUCCAAAAAUCACCAUUCAGAUCCCAAAAGGAACAGUGACUGUUGGCAAACCGUCCUCGCACGGCCAGUACACGAGCAGUGGUUCUGUCACCUCCUCCAGCAGCAAAAGCCAUCAUAGCCAUUCUUCCUCCUCCUCCUCUUCUUCCUCCUCUUCAACCUCAGGCAAAAUGAAAAGCAAAUCAGAAGGGUCUUCUGGCUCCAAGAUGAGCAGCAGCCUGUACUCCAGCCAGGGCGGCUCCGGGUCGGGGCAGUCCAAGGGCUCGGCGCAGUCGGUGGGGAAGCCGGGCUCCUCGCCCAUCACCAAGCACGGCCUCAGCACCGCCUCUGGCAGCACCAAGAUGAAACCUCAAGGAAAGCCAUCAUCCCUCAUGAACCCUUCCAUGAGCAAACCAAACAUCUCCCCGUCCCACUCGAGACCCUCGGGGGGUUCUGACAAACUCGCCUCCCCCAUGAAGCCCGUCCCGGGUACUCCCCCGUCGUCUAAAGCGAAAUCUCCCAUCAGUUCAGGCUCUGGUGGCUCCCACAUGGCUGGGACUGGAUCGAGCUCGAGCAUGAAAUCGUCUUCAGGAAUGGGAUCCUCCGGGUCUAUGUCACAGAAACCGCCUCCCUCGUCCAAUUCCUCCACGGCCUCAUCAUCUUCCUUCUCAUCCAGCGGCUCUUCCAUGUCUUCAUCCCAGAACCAGCAUGGCAGCUCCAAAGGCAAAUCCCCGAGCAGGAACAAGAAGCCAUCGCUGACCGCGGUCAUCGACAAGCUGAAGCACGGGGUGGUGACGAGCGGGCCUGGCGGAGACGACCCCAUGGAUGGACAGAUGGGGCCCAGUUCCAAUUCCUCAAGCCAUACAAUGUCCUCCAAACACAACAUGUCUGGAGGGGAGUUCCAGGGAAAGCGGGAGAAGAGCGACAAGGAGAAAUCGAAGGUCUCUGUGUCUGGAGGAUCUGUUGACUCUUCCAAGAAGAACUCGGAUUCCAAAAACGUCGGAAGCACUGGAGUGGCCAAAAUUAUCAUCAGCAAACACGACGGUGGCUCCCCCAGCAUUAAAGCCAAAGUAACUCUGCAGAAACCCGGGGAAGGAGGCGGGGACGGCCUGAGACCUCAGAUGGCUUCUUCCAAAAGCUACGGAUCCCCCCUGAUCAGCGGCUCCACCCCCAAACACGAGCGCUGCUCGCCCAGCCACAGCAAAUCCCCGGCCUACACCCCCCAGAACAUCGACAGCGAGAGCGAGUCGGGCUCUUCCAUCGCCGAGAAAUCCUACCAGAACAGCCCCAGCUCCGACGACGGCGUGCGGCCCCUGCCCGAGUACAGCGCCGAGAAGCACAAGAAACACAAGAAGGAGAAGAAAAAAGUGAAGGACAAAGAGAGGGACAGGGAGCGCGAGCGGGAUAAGGACAGGGAUAAGAAGAAAUCCCAUGGGAUGAAACCUGAGAGCUGGUCCAAAUCCCCCAUCUCUGCAGAUCAGUCCUUGGCCAUGGCCGGCAACGCGAUGCUGGCGGCAGAGCGGCCAUCCCGCGCCAGCCCCGAGUUCCUCAUCGGGGAGGAAGAUGAUGAUCUCAUGGAUGUUGCUUUAAUUGGUAAUUAAUUAAUUCUCCUCCCCACAUCAGCUAGAGGGAAGGAAGGAUUCAAUGCCAAACCUGCCACAGAGAGAGGGGGAAAAAAGAAAAAAAAAGUAUUUCCAAGGUAUUUCUGAGGUUUUCAGACCACCAAGGUGUGUGUGGAAGGAUGUGAGGUCCCUGCCUGUGACCUGUGGGCACUUCCAUUCUUGCUGGAUUUAUGAGUAUUAUCAUCCCUGUCUGGAAAAUGGGGAUGUGGGAGCAGCUCCCAAAUGGGGCAAACAGACAUAGGCUGGUCUGGGAGAUCCCAGUCCCUCUGCCCUCUUCCCAUUCAGGAUAAGCUCCUUUUGGAUGUAGGAAGUUUUAAAGUAAUUAUUUUAGGAAAUGUUUUAGAGCUGGGUUUUAGUUCUUGGGAAGAAGGAAAAAAAAAAAUAACCACGAGGUUUUUUAAUUUAUUUUAUUCCCACGGCAUUCCUUCAUUCAUUGGGCACUGUGUCCUCAUGGAAAUCAGGAUUUUAUCCCAGCUCACAGCUCUGAGGGAUUGCUGCUGCCUUGGGUUUGCCUUCCCAUUUUCUUUUAGCUAUUUAUUCACCUCCCUGUGGAAACACCUUGUGCUCCCCCAAUGGGAAUUUGGGCAGCUCUGCAGCUUUGGAUGAAAUUCCAGCAAAUCUCGAUGGAAAAGGGACUCCUGUCUGCACCAAGGAGCUUCCUGGAAUCUCCUCCUCGUGCUGAGCUGGGAGCUGUGCUCACACCCAGGGGCACUGCUAAAGGAGCUUGGAAAUCAAUCCCAGAGUGGCUCAGCUGGGAUCAGAGCUGCAGCAGAAGUGUUGGUUUCCUUAAAAGAUGGAUUUUCCCUUUUUGGCUGGAAUUAGGAGCAUGACUCAGGCGUCCUCUCCAGGCUGAUCUUGUGGUCCCUGAAAGGAAAAGAGACUCAGGAGAGUGUUUUAUUUUUAAAAGCAGUUUCAUCUGAUUCACUGAAGAGGAAUGUGGGAAAUCAGGAGUUCUGCAAACACAUCUCCUUUGGAAUUAUGUACUGAGCAGGAUCCUGCUCCCACUGGAUUUUGCUGUGGAUUUCCCUGUGGGAAUGAGGUUGUGCUUCACCUUUUGGGGAUGCAGCAUGAAAAGGUGUCAUUUAAACCACUGAAAUUUCCCUUUUCCUGGGCUGAUCCCAGGAAUAUCCCAGGAAAGCUCUUUGCUUUCCAGCUUUUUGGAAAGUCCUUUUAAUAAGUUGGCAACUAUCCUGUUAAUUGUAGGGAUUUUUCAUCCCUUCCUCCUGCCUCCAGUUUAAUUCCUGCAGAGUGUGGGAGCCUGAAUUUCUCCCAAACUUCCCCCAAACCUGGAGAACUUUCCCUUCUCAUAUUUUCCAGUAUUUAUCCCUUGCUCCUGGUGUCCUGCACACCACAACCUCCCCCUCAGCAGAGCUUGAAAACGAUAGGAAAAUGGGAAUUAAACCCAAACCUGACACAGUGUUGGAAUCCUGAGGCUGUGGGGUGCUGCAAAGAGGAUGUCAGGAAUAAAACCCCCCCAGGAAUUCAGCUGGAGACCCUGCUCCAGUGGCUCUGUGUGGAAUGGUGCCAGCUCAGCCUCUGGAGAGCUGCCUGCUUUUAUUUAAUCCCUUUUUUUUUUUCAUAAAAUCCCUUCAGAGAUGUGUGAGGGCACAUCCAGCCUUCCAAAAGAAGCACUUUGAACUGGAAUCCAGGCUGGGAAUUCCCUCAGGAUGGGAUUCUGUCCUUAGCCAGAGCUGUGUUUUCCUGCUGGAAAAGUUGGAAGGGAGCCCCGUUCAGCAGCAAAAUCGACACAAAAACCUGUUUUAAAGGAACAAGCUGCACUCAUUUCCUCUCCCCUCACCCAGACCAAAGCUCAGUAUCCAAAAUUCCCCCUGUGGAAGGUGGGAACAGAGGGAACAACGUCUCCUUCAGCCCCUGUGGGAGGCACAAGUCCCAAAUUUAAAGCUUUUCACCCCGUUUUGGUGCCCUGUCCCCUUCCAAUGACGUCAGUCCUGUUUGAGGCUUUGGGGUGGCAAUGCUGGGGCUCUGAGAAAUGGUUUAUUUUUGGAAUAUUUUUGCUUAUUCGCGAUUAUUUUACAUCUUUCAGUAUUCAGAAAGAUAAAAUAAAGUGGAAAUGAAAUAUAAGCCAAACCUUUUAAUCUCAGGUGGUGAAGCAAACACGGAGAUUAAAAGAAACUGGUUCUUUCCUGGAUUAUCAUGAUGUACAUAAAUCCCUGGCUGGAAAAAAAAAAUCGCUGCAAUUGUAAAUAUCCCGGCUCCCGCGGCGGGUUUUUUGGGGGGGCAGAAAAUGGAAUUUCGACUUUUUUUGGAAAAUAUUGCAGAGAACAUGUUUAUUUACGUGCGAAUAAACCCCUUUGGUACA